CUUAUUUCUUGAAUCAUAUACAUUCAGAUAGUUUGGUCAGCAGAUUCGGAUAUAACGAUGAAUAAGAGUUUAAACAAAUCACUAAUAGUUAUAUGUAUAAUCUUAAUAAAAGUCGAUUCCUGCGUCUCUACGCUGACUUGUUUCGCAAACUGCGCAUCAUGUUCAAAUUCAACCGUAUGCACAUCAUGUGACUCGGGAUACUACUUACGGUCAGCUGGUGAAUGUACAGCGUGCACGUACGUAGGAACGAACUGUAUAACAUGCAGUAAUGGCACGCAUUGUAACGAAUGUAGGCCAGGAUUCUGGGGCACAACUUGUAAAUCUUUUUGUUCCGAAGGUUGUAACACUGAAACGUGUAGCUCGUUUGACGGAACAUGUACUUGUAAACAAGGUUUUUAUGGACCUACAUGUGAACACAAGUGCUCGGCAAACUGCCUACAUGACACAUGUGGUGAUAACAGUAAAUGUGAGUGCAAAGACGGGUAUUAUGGAAGUCAGUGUAAUGGACAAUGUUUUUCUGAUUGUGAGAAAUGCUCUUACGGCACAUACUGUUCAGGGUGCCCCAUUGGAAGGUACGGAGCAUUUUGUGGUAUUUCGUGUGAAUGCAAUGGAAGAUGCGAUAUUCUCACUGGUGACUGUAUAAAUAAAACGUGUCCUGACACGUGUGCAUCAUGCGGAAAACGAGAUCAGUGCAACGAGUGUUCUGUCAGUUGGUUUGGUGCACGAUGUAACAGCACGUGUUCAGAAAAUUGUAAUGGGGGUUGUGAGCAAUAUUCCGGACAUUGCAAUACAUGCUAUGUUGGCUUCUUCGGAACAAACUGUGAUAUGCUAUGCACUAAAUGUCUUGAUGGUAACUGCACUCAAGAGGGGGAGUGUAAAUCGUGUUACAAUGGCAGCUAUGGGCCGUUUUGUAACAAAACAUGCUCGGAAGACUGUGUUGGAAAUAUAUGUAACCAGGUAGAUGGGUCAUGUCAACAUCAGGUUCAAUGUCCUGGAAAUUGUGUAAGCUGUACGGACAACGUUACAUGCACUAAAUGUAAGAACUCUUAUUACGGAUUUAUGUGUACAUUUAAAUGCAGCAGUACAUGCAAGGGUGGAACCUGUGACAUAGAAUCUGGACGUUGUGAGAAUUGCAAUUUAUCACAUUAUGGGAACUUUUGCGAAAAUAUCUGCUCUCAGAAUUGUGCAGGUUCCCUAACAGAAGCCAAAUGCGACUCAACAGGAAAGUGCAACCGCGGAUGUAUUGAUGGUUUCACUGGCGAUACCUGUACUUCAGACGCCGAAAAGCAUCAAACCGUAGGGGCGGAAGAGGAAACUGGCUCUGGUUCGGUCAUCGGUGGAGCGGUCGGUGGUUCCCUUGGUGUGUGUGUUGUUAUAGCACUGGUUGUAGUGCUUGUUGUUAAGAAAAGAGGGAUUCUAAGAAAUGAGACGAAAAAGACGUAUGAAGACAUUUUGCCAGAAGGAGGCCAAAAUGAACCGUACACAACUUUAGAAGUCGCAAAGACGACCGAGUAUGAAAUACCCGAAUCCGAGCCACGGUCUGGGUUGAGCAUGGAAAGUAAAGACACUGGAGUAUACUACAAUAAUGAAAAUGCCUACUACAAGAAUGUCGGUGGAAAUGUUCAAAAGACGUGUAUCUACACCGACAAUUAAAAUAAAGAGGCUUUGUUUAUUGGUCUAUAAGUUGUCAGAGCUGUAUAGUUUCACACAAUUAAAUAUAUAAAUAUUUCAGUAAAUUUGUUGGUUUAGUUGAAUUCAUGCACGUACACAUUCAUUAAGUAUGAAAACGAUUUGAUAAUAAAGUGCCCUUAUACUGCUUUAAAUAAUAAAAGAAACGACAGUUAUAAAAAUUGUCGUAUGAGUCCAAACGACAGUGCGAUAGUUCGGUUAUAGUAAUCAGUGGACAGAAACAUUACAUACCAAGCACUCUAGAAUUACUGUGAUUUUUUUACACAAACACGUAUUGAUUCAGAUAUAAUGAUGCACGUGAAGUCCGUUUUUGUUGUUUCUCUCGUGAGUGUUAAUAUAAUAUUUAAAUGUAAACCAUUUACUUGCUCAUAUAUGGUGUCAGCCAAUUACAUGCUGUGAUGUUAGCCGUUGAAUUGCUUUUAAAUGAUGUAAUCCGUUUGCAUACUCUUUAAUGAUUAAUGCCGUUAACACGCUCCUAGAUUAUUAGGCUCUUUGGAUGAUCCUAAAUGAUGCAGGCCAUUGACAAGUCUCCAAUGGUGAAGGCCAUAUACGUGCUCCUGUAUCUUGUUAUCCAUUGCAGUGCUUAUAAAUGAUGUAAGCUAUUCGUGUACCAUAAUAUAAUAUAUUCCAUUUGUGUCCGUCUAAAUUAGGUAAGCUGUUUUUUUAAUGAAAUAAUCAGUUGACAUGC